CUUUCUCUUCACUUUACCUUCACUUCUUUCUUUUUUUUAAUUUCCAUUUAUAUCCCGCCCUUCUCCAAAGACUUAGGGCGGCUUACACUAUGUUAGCAAUAGUCUUCAUUCUAUUUGUAUAUUUAUAUACAAAGUCAACUUAUUGCCCCCAACAAUCUGGGUCUUCAUUUUACCUACCUUAUGAAGGAUGGAAGGCUGAGUCAACCUUGGGCCUGGUGGGACUUGAACCUGCAGUAAUUGCAAGCAGCUGACAGUUAAUAACAGACUGCAUUAGCAGUCUGAGCCACAGAGGCCCAUUGUAGCUUCUGCACUGUAGCUUCAAGAAUAUUGUUAGGAUGUUUGAUAGCAAGGUAGUCCUUUGUUGUUUUAUCUGAAAUAGUAUGGGGUUUCCUACCUAUGCAGGGGGUUGGAGUAAAAGAGCUGCAAAGUCCCUCCCAUCUCUCCCGUUAUGGGUUUGCACAUAUCUUAUAUCAACUAGAUAUGAAGCAUAACACCAUGUUUUGAACACAACCUGAUAAGCGCAGAGAAAAAUCACAAAAAGAGCUAAAAGAAAAAAAGAUGGGGGUAGGAGUUUUAGAAAUGUUCAAAUAAGGGACACAACAAUGAUACUUAAUCCCUUUCACAUCUCAGUUUGUAUCAACUUUCUUUCCUCCCCCCACCCCAAAACAGGAUUCAGGAUAGAGGAUGCUGGCCAAGAGAUGGCAACACCUUUUCUAAAAGCCAGAAAGGAAGUUGCUGAAAGGAUGAGUGAAAAGGAAAGGCCUGAAGAAAAGGAGUUAAAAGAGGAGCUGGGGAAAUCCUCUAGUUCCCAAUAUGCAGGUAUCAGCGUUUCUUUGCACAAUGAUGAUGACCAAGAAAAAGGAGCAUGUCCAGGAUGCGGAAAAAUACUCAGAGGUGAAUUGGGAUUCUGUGACUGUUAUACAAGCCAUCCCCUUACGUUCCAUAAAAACAUUCCCAAAACAGAGGAUCCACACCAACUCCUGGAAUUGGGGGAAAAAAUCAGUCAGAAAAAUCACCUGAAUUCACAUCACCGUGUCCACGAAGAGAGGAAGCAGCAUCAAUGCAUCACCUGCGGAAACAGCUUCAAAACCAGCUCAGCCCUUAUUUCCCACCAAAGAAUCCACACUGGGAAUAAUUCAUGUAAAUGCCUGGAAUGUGGAAAGAGCUUCCGCUCUGCAACUCAUCUCACUUUUCACAAUAGGAUCCAUACAGGGGAAAAGCCAUAUCAUUGCACGGUGUGUGGAAAGACCUUCACCCAAAAUGGCAAUUUCAAUAAACAUAAGAGGAUCCACACUGGAGAGAAGCCAUGUAAAUGCACAGAGUGUGGAAAAUGCUUCAGGACCUCCGGUGAACUUACUUGCCAUAAGAGGAUUCACACAGGGGAGAAACCCUAUGAAUGCUUGGAGUGUGGAAAAAGGUUCCCCAGAAGUUGCGCUCUAACCUCACAUAAAAGGAUGCAUAAAGGGGAGAAACCUUAUAAAUGCCAGCACUGUGGAAAGAGCUUCAGUCAAAAAGGUCACCUUAAGUCACAUGAGAUGAUCCACACGGGGGAAAAACCAUUUCAAUGCACGGAGUGCGGAAAGAGCUUCCAUUACUCUUCACACCUUACUUCCCAUCACAGAAUCCACACGGGAGAGAAGCCCUUUCAAUGCCUGCAGUGUGGAAAGCGCUUUGCCAAUUCUGGUGGCCUUCAUGCCCAUGAACUGACCCACACAGGGGAGAAACCGUACAAAUGCCUGGAGUGUGGAAAGAGCUUCGGUAAACCCAGCCACCUAACUUCUCAUAGAAAUAUCCACACUGGAGAGAAACCCUAUCAAUGCUCUGAAUGUGGGAAGUGCUUCAGUCAAACAAGUAACCUUAAUACCCAUAAAAGGAUCCACACAGGGGAAAAGCCCUAUAAGUGCAUCGAAUGUGGUAAACGCUUCACCGACUCAGGGGCCCUCGUCCGCCACAAAAGGAUGCACUCUGGAGAGAAACCAUUUGAAUGCAAGGAAUGUGGAAAAAGCUUCAGUCAAAAAAAAACUUUCAUAAUACAUUACAGAAUCCACACUGGGGAGAAGCCAUACAAAUGCACGGCAUGCGAAAAGAGCUUCAGUGAUCCUCAAGAACUUGCUUCCCAUGAAAGGAUCCACACUGGGGAAAAACCCUAUAAAUGUCUGGUGUGUGGAAAGGGCUGUAGGACCACCAGUGAUCUUAGUUCCCAUAAGCGGACCCACACAGGUGAAAAGCCCUAUCAAUGCUCUGAAUGUGGGAAGUGCUUCAGUCAAACAAGUAACCUUAAUAGCCAUAGAAGAAUGCACUCGGGAGAGAAACCAUAUAAAUGUAUGGAGUGUGGAAAGUGCUAUACACAUAGCAGCGAGGAGCGCCUCGCUUCCCAUAAAAAGAUCCACACUGGGGAGAAACCAUAUAAAUGCCAGGAGUGUGGAAAGAGCUUCAACAACUCUCAGGUCCUUACUGAUCAUAACAGGAUCCACACAGGAGAGAAACCAUAUAAGUGUAUGGAGUGUGGAAAGUGCUUUCGUUCUUCAAAACCCCUUACUUAUCAUAUAAGGAUCCACACAGGGGAGAAACCAUAUAAAUGCCAGGAGUGUGGAAAACGCUUCAACAACUCUCAGGUCCUUACUGAUCAUAACAGGAUCCACACUGGGGAGAAACCAUAUAAAUGCCAGGAGUGUGGAAAGAGCUUCAACAACUCUCAGGUCCUUACUGAUCAUAACAGGAUCCACACUGAGAAACCAUAUGAAUGCGAGGAAUGUGGAAAGAGCUUCAACAACUCUCAGGUCCUUACUGAUCAUAACAGAAUCCACACUGGGGAGAAACCAUAUAAAUGCCUGGAGUGUGGAAAGAGCUUCAACAACUCUCAGGUCCUUACUGAUCAUAACAGGAUCCACACAGGAGAGAAACCAUAUGAAUGCGAGGAAUGUGGAAAGAGCUUCAACAACUCUCAGGUCCUUACUGAUCAUAACAGGAUCCACACAGGAGAGAAACCAUAUGAAUGCCAGGUGUGUGGAAAGAGCUUCAACAACUCUCAGGUCCUUACUGAUCAUAACAGGAUCCACACUGGAGAGAAACCAUAUAAAUGCCAGGAGUGUGGAAAGAGCUUCAACAACUCUCAGGUCCUUACUGAUCAUAACAGGAUCCACACAGGGGAGAAACCAUAUAAAUGCCAGGAGAAAUGCUCCAAAAGAACGGUUUCUCUUACCUUAUCUCAGAGAAUAAAAGAUGGAGAAAAACCAUAUAAAUGCCUGGAGUGUGGAAAGAGCUUCAGAGGCUCAAGUCAUCUUACUUCCCAUAAAAGGAUCCACACAGGAGAAAAACCAUAUGAAUGCGAGGAAUGUGGAAAGAGAUUCCAGUUUGCCACAAGUCUCACUUCCCACAACAGGAUUCACACAGGUGAGAAACCAUAUGAAUGCCAAGACUGUGGAAAACACUUCACUAACUCAAGUUAUCUGACCUCCCAUAAAAGGAUCCACACAGGAGAAAAACCGUAUGAAUGCAAGGAAUGUGGAAAGAGAUUCCAUUUUGGCACAAGCCUCACUUCCCACAACAGGAUUCACACAGGUGAGAAACCAUAUGAAUGCCAAGACUGUGGAAAACGCUUCACUCUCUCAGGUUCUCUCAUUUACCAUAAAAGGAUCCACACUGGAGAGAAACCAUAUAAAUGCCAGGAAUGUGGGAAAGGCUUCACUAUGUCAGGUUCCCUCACUUCUCAUAAAAGAAUCCAUACCGGAGAAAAGCCGUAUCAAUGCCAGGAAUGUGGGAAGAGUUUCAGAUCUUCAAGUUUUCUUACUUCUCAUAAAAGGUUCCACACAGAGGAGAAACCAUAUAAAUGCCAGGAGUGUGGAAAGAGCUUCACUAGUUCAGGGUCCCUCACUCGCCAUAAAAAGAUCCACACAGGAGAGAAACCGUAUCAGUGCAAGAACUGUGGAAAGAGCUUCAGACAAAAAAUUCAUUAUACCGUUCAUAACAGAAUCCACACCGGGGAGAAACCAUAUAAAUGUCCGGAAUGUGAAAAGAGUUUCAGUUCUGCAAGAAAUCUCAUUUCACAUCACAGAAUCCACACUGGGGAGAAACCAUAUAAAUGCCAGGAGUGUGGAAAGAGCUUCAACGAUUCUCAAGACCUCAUUGCUCAUAACAGGAUCCACACAGGAGAGAAACCAUAUAAGUGUAUGGAGUGCGGAAAGAGCUUCCGUUCUACAAAACACCUUACUUAUCAUAAAAGGAUCCACACAGGAGAAAAACCACAUAAGUGUAUGGAGUGUGGAAAGAGCUUCCGUUCUGUAAAACACCUAACUUACCAUACAAGAAUUCACACAGGGGAGAAACCAUAUAAAUGCCAGGAGUGCGGAAAAUGCUUCACUAUGCCAGGUUCCCUCACUUCCCAUAAAAGGAUCCAUAGCGGAGAAAAGCCAUAUAAAUGUACAGAGUGCGGAAAGUGUUUCAUAGGUUCAAGUUUUCUGACUUCCCACAAAAGGUUCCACACCGAGGAGAAACCAUAUAAAUGCGCAGAGUGUGGAAAGUGCUUCACUUAUUCGGGUUCUCUCACUUCCCAUAAAAGGAUCCACACUGGGGAGAAACCAUACGAGUGCAGAGAAUGUGGGAAGAACUUCAGUCAAAAAUAUAAUUAUACUGUGCAUAACAGAAUCCACACCGGGGAGAAACCAUAUAAAUGCACGGAGUGUGGAAAGAGCUUCCGCAAGAGUAUCAACCUUAAUUCCCAUAAAAGGAUCCACACCGGGGAGAAACCUUAUAAAUGUACGGAGUGCGGAAAAGGUUUCAUAAGCAGCAGCACGCUUAGUCACCACAGGAGGAUCCACACAGGGGAGAUAUACAAAUGCAGUGAAUUUGGAAAAUGCUUCUCUAAUUCAAGUUCCCUUCUUUCCCACAAAAGGAUCCACACUGGGGAAAAACGACACAAAUGCACGGAGUGUGAAAAGUGCUUCAUUAAUUCAAGUUCCCUAACCUCCCAUAAAAGAAUCCACACGGGGGAGAAACCGUAUAAGUGCAUGGAAUGCGAAAAGAGUUUCACAACCAGCAGUCAUCUUAGUCGCCACAAGAGGAUCCACACAGGGGAGAAACCAUAUAAAUGCAGCGAGUGUGGAAAAUGCUUCAGACAAAUUAGUGCACUUAAUACCCAUAGAAAGAUUCACUCGGGGGAGAAAUCAGGCAAGCGCAUAGACCGUGGGAAGAGUUUCCGUAAUAGCAGAAGCGUCAUAUGAUUCUAUUACAAAACCAUACAAAUGUACAGAAUGUGGAAACGGCUAUAGUAAGAACCCCAAUUUGCUUCUGAUAGUUUACACAGAAAUCAUCUAAGUCUGCUAAUUGUGGGAAGAGUUUGUGUGGUAGCAGAAUUGUUCUUUCUCAGAAAUGCAUCCAUACCAGAGAGAAUCCAUAUAAAUGCCCAGAGCAUGGAAAGUUCAGAACAAGCAGUUGUCCCAUGUGUUCUGUCCCCCCUCGCCUCCGUCCGAGCAAAGGCUUAAUUAGCCGGCACUAUCAGCUCUGGCAGCAAACUAGCGAGAGUCUGCCAAGUGACUCUUUUAUCUCCCUUGAGGCCGAUGAGUCACCCAGGAACAAACAGUACUUCAGCUCUUAGUUAAGCAGUUGACUUGCUUGCUACGAAGAGGCAUAGCAGCCCUCGCUGUUUUUAUAUCCUGUGGGGUCCAUGACUCAGCACUUCCUAGGCCUGCCCCAUCCCUGCUUCUGUUUUUCCCGCCUCUCCUGCCUACGAAACCUAGGGUCCAGCCAGGUCUGAUUGCCAUCAGCUGGGUCUGGAGGCAUGGCCGGGGGGUGGGGGGAAGAGUCAGGGGAGGGAGGUCUCCUUAUCUCCUCCACCUGGCCUGCCUCUGGCUCCUGGAGCUGAGCCAGGGAAGCUGGUGCUCCCGAGGUAAGUCCUGAUGGUCCUUCCCCCUCAUUUUCCAAGUCACUUUCUGGCUCGGGGGGCGCAGACACAACACCAAGAGAAUCCAGAUUGGUGAGAAAUUAUAAAUGUAUGAUGUGUGGAAAGGGAUUUGCUGUCCCAAAGGUUUUUUUUCAAGAGGCAACUGGACUUUGGUUUU